AAUUUAUUGAGAGGGAAAUUUUCUUGUGAUGUUCUCGAUCGAUAAGUGAAGCCAGGGAACAAUGAUGAUGAGAAGAUGAUCAACAGCGCAUAUGAAGAAGAAAAUGUCUUCUUCUUUCUUUUCUCUUUCUGUCCCAUUCAUAAACUCACACUAAACAUGUCGAAAUGAUUUCAUUUCUUCUCAUAUGAUUACAAUUAUCGAAUUAAUUAAUUAUUCUGUUGUUAUUCAGCCUACAGAGUUUCAGUUAUUUACUUGGCUCCGUUAAGAUGAUUCAGCUCAUGUUAUCGUUUAAUUGUUUGUGUUUUUAAUUGAAUAUUGUUGUUUUCCGUUUAAUGUCAAUUGUCUCUCUGCUUUGAUUGUGUUUUAAUCGAUGUUUAAUCAAAAGAUUACAGUUUUUUGUUAUCACCUUUAUCUUGAUUCUUUCAUCUUAUUAUCUAACUGAUUGACAAACAACAAUUAAGGACUUUGUGAUUACCUUGAUUAACUAUUUCUUUGAUUAUAUUGAUUGUCUACCUAUCAAAUUUGGUCAAUUAAUCUUUUUUCUUCAAAUGAAUCCAUUUAAUUGUUAAUUUUUCGCAAAAGUUUAGAAUUUGAAUGAAUUUUGAUCAAUUGUAAGAUUAAACUUGAAAAGGUGAUAAUUAAACUGAUCAAAUAGUUCACGAUGCAUCUUCACUUUGAACGGAUUGAAAAGCCUCAUUCAUAUUCCGAUUGCAAUAUACUGAGUUUAUCAUGGAUGGGAAAAGUACCUGCUGGGUUGUUACAGUCACAGGAUGAAGACAGUUGGAAAUUAAACCGCACUAAUUACUACCAAGAUGGUUGGAUUGCCUUGGGCACAAGUCGUGGUAUUGUGGGUGUUACAUUUACCACGUGUCGCACUAGUAAACUUCCUGCCCUUGAACUUCCCCCUCGAACCAAUUAUAACCUUCGUGGUCAUCGGUCGGAGGUUACGUUGGUAAAAUGGAAUGAACCUUAUCAAAAGUUGGCCUCAUGUGACUCUUCGGGAAUUAUUUUUGUUUGGAUCAAGUAUGAAGGACGUUGGUCAGUUGAGCUAAUCAAUGAUCGUAAUACUCAAGUUAUUGACUUCGCUUGGUCACACGAUGGUCGAAUGGCUUUGAUCUGUUAUAUUGAUGGUUUUGUCCUCAUUGGCUCGGUGGCUGGUCAACGUUAUUGGUCAUCAUUACUCAACUUAGAAUCUUGUUCAACUACUUGUGGUAUUUGGACUCCAGAUGAUCAGCAGGUCAUUUUCGGUACUUCCAAUGGAAGCAUUCUAGUAAUCGAUAUUAACGGUACAAUAGUUGCUCAGCUAUCGAUUCGUGAGCAUCACUCAAUCUUAUCAAUGGCCUGGUCAAGUGAAAAGUUUAAAAUGGAAGAUAUUGAAGAGGAAAACAAUACAGUUAAUAGAAAUACCAACAACUAUGCCAACAAUGUAUUUACAAAUGAAAGUGACCAAAGUGAUCAAAUGAUCCAAGGGUCAACCAAUGGGCCGUCACCUCGAGUCUACGUGUUGUCGAUUUGUUUUGAUGACGGAAUUUUGUAUUUGCUUAAAAACUACGAUGACAUUUGUCCGAUCACAGUUCGAACAAACUUGAACACAAUCAAAAUGGAAUGGUCAAAUAAAGGUGAUAUUCUUGCGGUCGGUGGACACACAAUCGAAGAGACAAAUCCUAAUAAUCAUGGAAACAGCAAGAACAGUAACUAUUUAAAUAGCUCGAGUUGUACAAACACUUCUCCCAAAUAUAUUAAUAUGAUUAAAUUGUACAGUGAGAUUGGAUUGAUAAGAUAUCAAGUUAAACUUGAUUAUACUGGGCAUCCAAUUAGCGCACUGACCUGGGGUCAUAAUGAUAAACGAUUGUUUGUCGGGACUGGACCAGUUCUUCACAUCGCUUGGGUGACCAAAAAAAUAGCUCCUCUCCAUCUUCUCUGUCGUCUUAGCAUUUAUAAACGAUUGACCAAUGAAACUGCUGUCGAUUCUCUUCCAUUGCCUAAUUGCUUACAAAAUCUUGUGGUCAACCUCUUUGGCCGAACCCUCAGGUGCUAUCUUCCAGACAACCUUAAUCUAACCAAAUUUAAUGUUAACCCUCCAGUCAACAACACUCGUCUCUAUUGUACUCUGAUCCGUCACGAUGAAGAUUCUAUCGGGAGUUCAUCAUCUUACGUUUUAUAUCUUGAAUAUCUCGGUGGUUUGGUCCCUAUACUGAAAGGUAAACGUACAAGUAAGAUCAGGCCAGAAUUUGUCAUUUUUCAUCCCCAGUCGCAGCUCUCUGGUGAAGGUUUAAAGAUUGAAAGUCGAUCGAGAUUCAAAGGUAAUAGUGAAAGUACGAGUGGCUAUUAUAGCGAUUCCGGACUCAAUAGUCGAAGUCAAAAUAGAAAAGGCCAACUAAACACUCUUUACUGGAACUCGACAUCAACACCAGGAACAUCUGAUAGUGAAAAUGAGGACAAUAGUUUGACCAUUCGAGUUCGACGUAGACGCAGACAACAUCGUGGACGUCGAAACCAAGGAAACGAAGAAAAUGAUAUCAAUCGACUCACUCGGCCUGGAUCAGACCACGUUAAGCCUGAAAGUACUUAUGCUGAUUCGAUGCCUGAAGAUGAAAAGUUGACACUGAUUACAUCUAACAUUUGGGGAACUAAAUUCAAAAUUCUUGGCCUGGUUCCUUGGCUGCCCUCAAAUCUUGGAUCGGUUGCUUAUCGAACAAGUUUACUUCACCUUCAACCGCGACAAAUGACACUGAAAAUCAAGGAACUUGGUGGGAAAAGAGAAGGGGUAAUCGGUGGGUUCGAGGGCUUAGAUAGAAACGUAACAAGUUCAGACGACGAAGAUGAGAAUAUGGUUGCAGGGAGCACUUCCUUCGAGAGAGAUUGUGCCAUUCCAGUUGCUCCAAUGACACCGAAAAAAACUCUUAGAAAUCAUUCGUCUAGAUCACAUCCAAUUUCUAAUUACGAUCCAAUCAGAUCAGAAACAUUAGAUCAUAAUUAUGUUGAUUUAUUAACGAAUCUUUCUGAAGAUUUAUUAACACUCCAUGUCAACGGUAACUCAAAUUUUCAACAAAUGCCCAGCAUGGAAUUGGCCCCUGCAUCGUCAACUUCAUUUGUUCAAUCAUCAGGAUACAAUAAUAGAGCAACAAUCAAAUCAAUCACAGUCCAACCUCCACCGACAUCAAGUUCAAUAUCAACACAAACGAGUUUCCAAUCAUUAACCGAUAUUCUCAAUCCUUUGAUACUAAUGACAAAUGAAAAACCAACCGUCCAAAUGUUAACAGAAAAUAAUUUGGAGAACAUUCAAAGCGAUUCGAAACAAAGUUGCCUCAAUGAUUUCUGUUCAGUGAGUAAAUCAUCUACUGAUUGUUAUCCAGGUCCAAGUACGACUAAUUCCAAUUCAUGGAUAGCCUUUGAUCGUGAUGACACCUUAGAAAACGCUGUACCUACACUACGAACCAAAAAAAGCUCAACGUUCGAAAUUAAAAGUCCCCCUCAACUAUCAUCGCCAACAGCAACAUUCCCAAUGCCAAGUAACAGUAUUGGAUUAAUAUCAACACCUCGAAGCCUUCAUUACAAUAAUAAGUUUACUAACAACAAUCGUGAUCCACUGACUCGUAACACCUCGAGACCUGAUCCCAUUGGAGACGGUGGGAAGGCCUUUCCACUGAUCUGUGAUACAAACCAUUCAAAUACAAACAAUUGUUACAAAUUGCCUUUUGUUGAAAGUGGACGAAAUGGUGCCAUCAACCAUAUUCACCAUCAGCGCUCAGCAUCACCGCCUAAGACAAUAAGUUCGCCCACAAAAUGGUUUUCAUCUUCAUCUAAUCCUCACCAAUACAAGAAUUCAAAUUCUUAUUGUGAGCUCGACGAUUGUUUAGUUGAAGGAAAACAUAUUCAUACGUCCAACACAGGUCAUGACAUUAAAUUCAUCGAUGAUGCUGAAACCGAAAGUGAAAUGAGCCUCGAGAUUUUGUCCCCAUCGACCGGCUCCUUCGGUCGAUCACCAUCACUCCUCUUUUACCGCAAUCACUCAUCAAUUGCUCAAACUCAACCAAAUUCUUCAUCAACAAUCCAUGGGUCAUUCAUUAAUUCACAACAAGCAAAUGAUUCCAAUUAUUCUCAUAAUAGUAACAAUAAUAUUAGGGAAAUUAUCGAAUUUGCAAAUAUUCGAAGUGACCCUGAAGGAUCGGGUUCAUCUCAACGUCGAUAUAUUUUGUCAACAAAUAAACGUAGCAGCCUUGAAGAUGAAAGUGACGAUGAAUUAAAUGUAAAGUCCAAUUGUUUGUCUUUCGACGGUGAUCAUUGUGUUGAUGGAAAAGGAUUAACUUUAUCUUCAUCAUUCUGUAAAUGUACCACUUUUUGCAAAUGCACCGACAAUGAAGAUGAUCAUCGCAAUCAUUUAACUGUUAAUGGCAACUCAUUGGAAUUGAAUAAUGAUCAUAGAUCUUCACUAAUGUCAUCCCCUGUUCAUGUGAGACGCAGGAAAGUGUUUCUAAACUUUGACUCGGAAGAGCUGCUCAACAGUCUUAAUGACUGUAGCACCUUGUUGGCUGAAACAUUUUCGACAUCUAAUCAACUUGGCUCAAGGGGUAACGGUUUGAAUGGAUCCAGAGGUGGACCAAGAACAGGCCACCGAGGGAGCUUACCACAGGCAGUGGCUCCGAAUGAGAGUGAAAGUUUCUACAAAAGUUUUCGAAGUCAAUUGUUCAAUCGUAGUUUACCAACAUCACCCAUGUUAAAUUCAAGCAAAUCUCGGAAAUCUCAAGGGAAAAGUAUAUUUUAUAGCCCAACGAUGUUCCGAAAAGUUAUGAAACAAAAAUUAAAUUAUUUCGACUGUAGUUCUGAGGAUGAUGGCAGCUCUGACGAUGAAUUUCUCAGUCAAGAUUUUCGCAAUUUAGGAUCAUUCCAAAAAUCGAGUAUCGAAAAGAAGAUCAAAGUUAAAAGACGAAGCAGUCGAAUUCAACCUGAUCAAUCGAUUAACCAACGACAUUCUGGUGGAAGGGAAUUUCUAUUACACAAUAAGGCUCCGCUUUGGAAUGAAGUUAGUCAAGUUUAUCAACUGGACUUUGGUGGUCGAGUCACUCAAGAAUCGGCCAAAAACUUUCAGAUUGAACAUCAAGGGAAACAGGUAAUGCAGUUCGGUCGAAUCGACGAUAAUGCAUACACGCUCGAUUUCCAAUACCCGUUCAGUGCUUUACAAGCAUUAGCAGUCGCUUUGGCCAAUGUCACGCAGAGAUUGAAAUAAUAACAAUAAAUUGGCUACAAUACUUUGGCUGUUUUCUUAAUCAUCUUGUGGAUCGGAAAUUUUGCUUAAUUGACUGAGCCAGUUCCAUAUUCAUCACACAACCUAAACAGAACUAAUCAGAUGCUAUUGAAUUGGAGUAUCGCUCCUUUUAGUUUAUAUCUAAUUGUUUCUUUCGAAUCACCAUAAAAAUGGGAAUAUUACGAUCAGAAUACUCUUAAUUUGUAUACAAGCGAAAAAAUUAAAAAUUAAAUCGAAAAGAAAUGUCAUCUUAAUAAACGUUAAAUCAAUUGAGU